UUCACACCGGGAAAAGUGAAAUAAACGUGGGAAAUGUGAUAAAGGUUUAUGGUUUCUCAAGAAAACCGAGGCAUGUAAUUUGCAAAUGCAAGUUUGUGCAUAGAAUUUCGUGACAGAAUAAUUUAUUCGCGAUUAUAUCAAGCUAGAUAGCUACUUCACCAGCUUGUUCCUGCUGCCUUUAGUUGCUAGCUUGGUUAUCUAGCUGCAUGGGUUUGCUGGCUAGUCAAAAACGUUGACAGCUAACGUUAGCAACAUAGCUAGCUAGUCAGGUAGCUAAUGAUUUUCUAUUGUUGGGGAGCUAGCUAUUGCAGUUGACGGCAGCAAAUAUUUGCUGUAAUAGUUAGCUCUUCACUUUACCGUCAUAGUUUAAUUGCAUUUGAUGUGAACAUAGCUAGCUAUGACAAUGUAAUUUUAGUUGGCACAAAGUAAUAAUAACAAUUUGAAGACCUGUAGUUAAAAGGGAUUGAUUGGUUGUCUCUCACUGCCAAAUCCUUAACGUUACAUAAGGUCACAUUUGCCUGCCAAAUGUGAUCAGAUCUACUUCUAGUGUAGUGACUCCUUGAAUCAGUUGAGUUAGUUGAAAUAGCUAGAUUGCUAGUUAAUACAGUUUGAACUCACAAGAUACAACACUGAUAUCAUUAUUUGUCUUUAAUGCCUUGAGGACUGGUGUGUAAUAUAACCUACCUGAUCUGCAAGGCUAAGGUCAUUCAGACUAAUCAGCUCAGCACUGGCCCUGAGGUGUUACCUCCCUCAGGCAGAGGGGAUUAGGGAUUUUACAUCACCAGAGAUGCAUGACAGGAGAGGCUUGUCCUAUUCUUAGUGUAGGAUGGCAGUUAAAGUAGCUGGAACUGGUAUUCUGCACGUCAACAUCCACCUCACUACAGAUAUCCUCUGCUCUCAUCAAUGCUAUUGAAUGAGUAAUUGUUUCUUCUUCUUCAAUGUUACUGAUCAGUGAGUGAUCAUUUUUUCUCUCUCCAUUUGGAUUAGUCCAUACUUGUCAUUAUGGAACUGGGCAAAGCCAAGUUGCUGAGGACAGGUCUGAACACGCUACACCAAGCCAUCCACCCUGUCCACGGAAUCGCAUGGACGGAUGGGAAGCAGGUGUGCCUCACCUCCCUCUACUAUGCCAACGGCGACGUGAAAUUCGGCGACACCAACGUCAUUGGUCAGUUUGAGCAUGUCUUCGGUCUCUACUGGGGCCCUCUGUGCUGUUCCGGCUCUCCUGCCCUGUUGGCCGUCCAACACAAGAAGCAUGUCACAGUGUGGCAGUUGCAGCUCAGUGCUCUGGAACAGAACAAGCUGCUCUGCACUCAGACCUGUGAGAUGAGCGAACCUUUCCCCCUGCUGUCUGAGGGAUGUGUCUGGCAUCCCAAGAUGGACAUCCUUUCUGUCCUCACCAAGAAAGAUGCAUCUGUGCUGUUCUGUGUCCGUGUGGACAACCGCAGGGUGAAGGCUGAUAUUAAAGGCAGUGGACUCAUCCACUGUGCCUGCUGGACCAAAGAUGGCACCCGGUUGGUUGUGGCCAUAGGAAGCGCCCUUUACUCCUACAUCUAUAACGAUGUUCAGAAGAGUCUUUUAGCCUGCUCCUUCUGCCCUAUCUUCGACGUGGGUGGGUACAUCUGCGCCAUCGAGUCAACAGGCGAAGCCCAGGUGGCAGUGGCUACAGAGCUACCUCUGGAUAGAAUCUGCGGGCUGAACGCAGGUAUAGCCUUCGACGUGCCCUCAGAUUCCGAGUCCUCCCUACCUGGACAUUCUUCUCCUAUGGUGAUGUUGGACGAGGAUGGCUGUAUAGACCCCCGCAGGAGGUCCUUUGACUCUGAGAGGUCCUACCUGUCCUGUUCUCCUUCUGGCGGCCCUAUGGACCUCACCCACCUUCUGGCCAAGCACCGGCGCUCCGACCCCAGUCCACUCAUACACCUGCGCCGCAAGGACCACCUGACCGGCUCCGGACAGGAUUCGUCUCACCUUAUCCUGGUCACCUACGAACGGAAAGUCACCAGCACCAGUAAGGUCAGCAUCCCUGGGAUCCUGGUGCCAGACAUCGUGGCCUUUGACUCCAAAGGCUCCACGGUGGCGGUGGCCUCCAACACGUGUAGCAUGGUGCUCGUCUACUGCAUCACGCCCUCCGCUAUGCCCAAUGUCCAGAAGAUCGCCUUACAGAAGAACGAGAGGCCCAAAGGCGUCUGCUUCCUCAGUGACAAGACGUUACUUCUCAUGAUCGGCAGACAGAAGUCCAACGAACCUGCCUUCCUCCCCUCCUCCAACACGGACAAAUACAUCCUGCGCCUCGCCUCCAAGGAGAUAGUCUCUGACGGAGAAACCCCGGCGAUUAGGCGCCACUCGGAGCAUGUCUUCUCUAAAGAGGAGCAGCAGGAGCGUGUGGCGAUCAAGGAGUUGGUGCUGCCGGGAGGAGGUGUAAUCCAGUCCCAUUCUCCAGGGAGCAGCAGGAGGAGGCUGGUGGAGGAAGUGAGGAGCCCGGAGCCCAGCUCAUUCGACUUCCCAUACUCUGACCUCUGUCGCCUCCCCUCUGACCAACCCAACUCAAGCGCCUCCUCCAUUACGGUCGAGAACUUCAACAUGGAACCCAUCAACCGGAUGAGAGGGUCAGUGCAAUCCGGGGAGUCGAGUCCACCCUGCUCCCCAUACUACAACCCUGGGGAUAAGCCCCACACAGAGUUCCCCACCUUGCCCAAGACCACCCCCCUGACCCCCAAAGAGAAGGAGAGGAACCUGGAGCAGCUGUCUCAGAACAUGGAGAGGAUAUUUUCUCGCUUCUCUGAGGUGCAACAGUGUCUCACAGAGAUCAAGGACUUCACUCAGAACGGGAAAAGGGGACUGGGGACUAGUUACCCCAAUGCCUGUGAACCUCCAUACGUUAACAUCACAUGUCAGAAGCAGCUGUCUGAAAAUGUGUUUAUAGAUGAGAGAAGACCAGUGUUGCUGUGUGAGGGGAAGCUGUGUCUGAAGGUUCUUCAGGAGCUCUUUAACCUCACUGUAGUGGAGAUGAUGUAUGGUCCGUUGUGGAUAGUCCUAGUGGCGGAUGCAGAGGGCUUUGUACCCCUGACUUUUAAACCCAAAGAGGAGUUGACAGUGAGGAACGGCAAAAGGAAAUCUCCCAUCAGAAGCCCUGGCAGCCCAGACACGUGCCCCUCCAGCCCUGUCAAAUCUCCCUCAAGCCCAGUUAAAUCUUAUGCGAACACAGAGACUUGAACAAUGCCUCGCCCCAAAACAGACACUUCAGCAUAGUGGGAGAGAGCACAGAGCACGGGACUAGCAUAACACACAGAAAAUGUCAAUGCUUUAUGCAUACAUAUCUAAAAACUGGAUACAGACAGACUCAACCCCUCUGCAUCUUCUUAUGAACAAGCAGUACUGGGUGGAAAAUUCGCUUUUUUCAGUUGGGGAAUUAUUUGAGACAAAUGUACUUUUGAAAGUAGCACCUUUCAAACAAUGUUUACAUUUAGUGACUUUUGGAGAUUAUAUUUGUCUUUUUUUGUCUUUGUAUUAUAUGUACAUCCGGUUCAAGAUUAAGUAAAAAAAUAUAUAUAUAUCAGACCAAUGAAGUACUGUAGUACAGUGUUUUGGCUGGCCUACUUCGGGAAAGCAGCCACCAUAUCCCAAAGAGAUUUAUCCUGUUUGUGUGUUGUAUGAUUGUAUAAUAUUAAAACCCUCAAAUGUUUAA